ACUGUGAUCCAGGGUGCCCUCCCCCCCCUUGCCUGUGUUUCCUCUCUCCCCCCCUCCUUUAGUUUAGCCUGUAAUUUGGGGAUGACAUUGCCUCCGCUUUCUCAUCUAGUGCACGGAGGUGCUUCGGCGGCAGUUCUCUAAGAAGACGCUCUCUCUGCCUUCUGAUUUUGCCGAGCUGACUCCUCUCCGCACCCGCGCCUCCCAGGCCACCCCAUCCGCCCGAUCUUCCUUUCCCACCCAGGGCCAGUUUCGCUCGUGUGACAUGACCGGACAAGGAUUUUUGCCUCUGCUAGUGGCCCCUUCCUUACGGCCCCUCCUCCGCAUGCCCUAGCCUUACUUUCCGCCUAGCCUCCCUCUCUGCACCCCGAUUUCAGCCGCUCUUUAUUACUGUCAUUUUUCUAAAAUAAUAAUCUCCGGAUAUCUGAACACCUUCGCCAAGCGGAGGCUCCCCCAGAGAGUCCGCGUUUUGCAUAAAGGUCUGUACAAUUUUUGGGGGGAAGGGAGUGGAAGUGAAGGAAAGGGGGGCAAGAAGAGAAAGAGAUUUGCGCAUGCCAGGUGCAAGUAAAUUGAGGCGCCUCUCCAGUAUACAGACUGCACUUAGGAUGUGUGUGUGUCUGUGAUUCCCCCCCCCCCAAAAAAAAAAAUUGAAUAUAGCUGUGCUGUAACUUAGAACUCUCCUUGACCUGGCUGAGUGGAAGAUAAGGAUUCGAUGUUUCUCUCCCCAUCUUUAGGUGGUGUUGCUUAUUCUAGGGACUGAGGCUGAAAGAUUUGUGGCAGGGAAGCAAAAAGCAAUUAGCUCUUAAAGUAACCACAUCCAAAGUCUCCCCUUCCUUCUCCUGAUUAACCCCCAGCCACCCACCCUGUCCAGCUCCCCUGCCUCUCCUUCUGAUUCGCUCCUUUCUUUCUAUCUAUCGCUGAAACAAACCCCAAACUAGUAAGCCCAAAUCCCCCCCUCUCUCCUCCAGCCGCAAAAUCAACAGGCAACAAGAGGGAAGGGGAGGAGGAGGCAGUGGGUGCACUGAGCCGUGAGCUAUGGAUAUUCUGUGCCCACUGCUCCGUUUGCUGCUCCUUCUCUUGUGGACUCGGGCUGGAGCCCUGAUCAACCUCAAGUACUCAGUGGAGGAGGAGCAGAGAGCCGGCACCGUCAUCGCCAACAUCGCCAAAGAUGCCCGAGACGCAGGCUUUGUGCUGGAUCCCCGGCAGCCCACCGCUUUCCGCGUGGUCUCCAACUCUGCACCACACCUGGUGGACAUCAACCCAGGCUCAGGGUUACUGGUCACCAAACAGAAGAUUGACCGGGACCUACUUUGCAGGCAGAGUCUAAAGUGUGUGAUCUCAUUGGAGGUCAUGUCCAGCUCCAUGGAGAUCUGUGUGAUCAAGCUGGAGAUCAAAGACCUAAACGACAACGCGCCCAGCUUCCCCACAGACCAAAUCGCACUGGAGAUCUCUGAGGCUGCCAGCCCGGGGACCAGGGUACCAUUGGAGAGUGCCUACGAUCCGGACUCGGGCAGCUUUGGGGUGCAGAGCUAUGAGAUCACGCCCAAUGACCUCUUCGGCUUGGAGACCAAGGUGCGUGGAGACGGUUCCCGCUUUGCUGAGCUGGUGGUUGAGAAGAGCCUGGAUCGUGAGACUCAGUCUCAUUACAGUUACAUGAUCACAGCUUUGGAUGGGGGUGACCCACCCAACUUUGGCACUGUGGAGUUGAACAUCAGGGUCCUUGACUCAAAUGACAACAACCCUCUCUUUGAAGAGCCCGCCUACACAGUGAGCGUGCCAGAGAACGCUCCCCCUGGCACGCCUGUCAUCCGCCUCAAUGCCACAGACCCUGAUGAGGGCACCAAUGGGCAAGUGUUGUAUUCCAUUCACAGCUUUGUGUCUGAGAAGGCCAGGGACCUCUUUCAAAUCAACCCCCAGACGGGCCUGAUCACGGUCAGUGGUGCAAUUGACUAUGAGGAAGGCCAUGCCUACGAACUGGAUGUGCAGGCCAAAGAUCUUGGCCCCAGUUCCAUCCCUGCGCAUUGCAAGGUGACUGUCACUGUGCAGGAUGCUAACGACAACCCCCCUCUCAUUAACUUGCUCUCUGUCAACAGCGAGUUGGUUGAGGUCAGUGAGAAUGCGCCUCCAGGCUACGUUAUUGCCUUGGUGAGAGUAUCUGACCGGGACUCUGGUGCCAAUGGCCGGGUGCAGUGUAAACUGUUGGGCAGUGUGCCCUUCCGCCUGCAAGAGUACGAGAGCUUCUCCACUAUCCUGGUGGAUGGGCGUUUGGACAGGGAGCAGAGGGACCAGUACAACCUCACCAUCCAGGCUAAGGACAAUGGGAUCCCAACUUUGCAGGCCACCAAAUCCUUCACUGUCAAGAUCACAGAUGAGAAUGACAACCACCCUCAUUUCUCCAAACCUUACUACCAGGUCAUUGUGCAGGAGAACAACACCCCUGGGGCCUACCUCCUUUCAGUUUCUGCAAGGGAUCCUGAUCUAGGCCUUAACGGCAGCGUCUCCUAUCAGAUUGUGCCAUCCCAAGUCAGGGACAUGCCUGUCUUCACCUAUGUCUCCAUCAACCCAAACUCGGGAGACAUCUAUGCCUUGAGAUCCUUCAACCACGAGCAAACCAAGUCUUUUGAGUUCAAGGUCUUGGCCAAAGACGGAGGCAACCCCUCCUUGCAAAGCAAUGCCACUAUCCGAGUUAUUGUCCUGGAUGUCAAUGACAACACCCCUGUGAUAACCGCUCCUACUCUAGUCAAUGGGACUGCAGAAGUUUACAUCCCCAGGAAUGCUGGGGUUGGCUACUUGGUGACGGUGGUCAAGGCAGAUGAUUAUGAUGAAGGGGAGAAUGGCAGACUUUCCUAUGAGAUGGCAGAAGGAGAUAGAGGAUUUUUCGAGAUAGACCAGGUCAAUGGUGAAAUAAGAACCACCAGAGCAUUUGGGGAAAAUUCAAAGACUGCCUAUGAGCUGAUUGUGGUUGCCCACGACCAUGGGAAAACAUCUCUUUCAGCUUCUGCCUUGAUUUUGAUAUAUCUUUCUCCAUCCUUGGAUGCCCAGGAAUCCAUAGGAUCUGUUAACCUGUCCCUGAUUUUUAUUAUCGCCCUGGGUUCCAUUGCUGCCAUUCUGUUUGUCACCAUGAUCUUUGUAGCAGUAAAGUGCAAACGGGAUAACAAAGAAAUCAGGACCUACAAUUGCAGAAUUGCAGAGUACUCCUAUGGGCACCAAAAGAAAUCGAACAAGAAGAAAAAAAUCAGCAAGAAUGACAUCCGCCUGGUGCCACGGGAUGUAGAGGAGACCGAUAAAAUGAAUGUUGUGAGUUGCUCCUCCCUCACGUCAUCUCUCAACUACUUUGACUACCACCAGCAGACCUUGCCUCUGGGUUGCCGCCGAUCUGAAAGCACUUUCCUCAACGUAGAAAACCAAAACAACAGGAACACGGGGUCCAACCAUAUCUACCACCACACCUUCACCGGCCAGAGCCCUCAGCAGCCAGAUCUCAUCAUCAAUGGGAUGCCACUUCCGGAGACUGAAAACUACUCUUUUGAUUCCAACUAUGUGAACAGCAGAGCUCAUUUAAUAAAAAGCAGUUCGACAUUCAAAGAUCUGGAGGGGAACAGCCUGAAGGACAGCGGGCAUGAGGAGAGUGACCAGACAGACAGUGAGCAUGAUGUCCAGCGCGGGCUGUACUGUGACACAGCUGUCAACGAUGUUUUGAAUACCAGCGUCACCUCCAUGGGGUCUCAGGUGCCUGAACAAGAUCAGAGUGAGGGAUUUCAUUGCCGGGAAGAGUGCCGGAUCCUUGGCCAUUCUGACCGAUGCUGGAUGCCCCGGAACCCUGUGCCCAGCCGAGCAAAAUCCCCCGAGCAUGGAAGGAAUGUCGUGUCCCUCUCCAUAGAAGCUACCACUGUGGAUACAGAGCUUUACGAAGACUGUAGCACAAAGAGAACUUUUGCAACAUUUGGCAAAGAGGGGAGUGAACCUGUCUCCGAGGAGCGGGGCCCAGUCAACUCGAAAGGUAAAAGAACAGUGGAUCCGCCCAUCUGUAGCCCGAAGGUAAACGGUGCUGUCCGGGAGGCAGGGAAUGGUUGCGAAGCUGUCAGCCCCAUCAUGUCGCCUAUCCACCUGAAGAGCCCCUUGUCUGGCAAACCAUCAGUGUCCUACAACGUAAUGCACUGCCCAGGAAGUCGCGACCUGGAGCCGUUUGUAAACAAUGGCCCUUCUCGGCCCAUUGAGGCGGAGCCGAGGGGUGCAGACAGUGAAAAUAUCAUGCAUGAGAUUAACCCUCUUCUGCAAGAAUGUAGAGAGAAGGACUCACCUGGUGUGAAGAGGCUAAAGGACAUAGUACUCUAAGUUGCACUGUAAAGGAAAGGAAACAACAGUACUGGAUGUGUGUAUUGUUUCUAAUGGCUUACUGAUGGUUCACAAAUUCGCUGUAUUUAAAAGCUUUCCCUAAAUGUAUUGUUUAUAAAAAAAAUAUGAAGCUAUCAUUAAUGUGACAAUCCCACUUGGUUCAACAGGCAGCAGGGGUGUUGGUCUAAGUAAAAGUAGCACCAUUCUUCAGCUUCUCCCCGCUAUGGUAGAAGUGGUGGCAUUUCAGUGGUUGGAAGUAUUAUCUAUGAAGUAUUUUGGAUUUAUAUAUUUUUGUAGCUCAAAAACUCUUAUUAUGAAAUGGCAUUCUGUAUGAAGAAUUGGAUCUAAAAAACCCCCCAACGAAACAAAAAUCGCUAAAGGAAAAACCACACCACACACCUCAGUUUCAAGUAAUCUCUAGGAACAUAAUCAGCUGCCUCCUACUGAGUCAGACCAUUGGUCCACCUAGCUUAGUAUUGUCUUCUACUCUGAUUGGCAGUGGUUCUCCAGGGUUUCAGACCAGGAGUCUUUCCUAGCCCUACCUGGAGAUGCUGAACCACUGAGAUGGCUCUUCCCCUUAGUACUCCCCUUGUCAUGCCUCCAAACUUCAGCAAUGGGGUGCUCGUUUGCCAUGGCAAACUGGAGAUUGGGUUGCCCUGAUCGGCAGUUUUGGUGCACUUGUGGGAGCUCUGAUGUGCAAGAUGGGGCCACUUCAAUGUGUUCCAUGCUGGAAGGGGCUCGAUGCUCAACAUCUCCAAAUGUACAUUAGCACCCCAUGGAGUUAUGGACUGUGGCCGGUGAAUUUUCUGUCUCAUCCCACACCCAGAGCCUAAUUUGUACUUUUUAAGAUGUUGCUCUUUUGCUGUGGACACCCCUGCCUUUGGAAACCUUUUGCUGCCACAUGCUUCUCUGUACUAUUAUCGUAUUUGAUAUUGCAAAUUCCUGUAUGUCUAGUGAUGGGAAAUGCUUUCAAGUUCGUUUUCUUUUUUUCGUUCCUUUUCUUCAAACAAACAAACAAUCUUAAGACCUGGAGAAACUGCAAAAUUUAGAGCCAAUCUUGUCAUAGCUCUUUGUCAUUUUGCCAGAUGAUUGUACCACAUACUAUCUCCACCACUGUGCGAUGUUUCUUCCCCAGGUCUUUUAGGGGUUAUCUAGCAUCUCAUUUGCAGUUGUUAGAUGCACUGUCUUGAAAUUUUUAUGAGAUCAGUUUCUCCCCCCUCCCACCCUUUUCCUUUUCCUUGCAUUUUCAAGGAAGAAUAUGACAUUAUUUCUCCAAAACGACAUGCUGGUUUCCUGCUGCAAAUCUCCCAUUUUUAUUUUACCUAUCUAGGAACCAGAAGAAUAGGAUGCUUUAAAGGCCUAAUUUAUGUAUGUUGUAGGCCACAGGUUAAAUCAUUACUCGUGUAAACAUUUCAAGCACAUUCCCGACUUGCUUAAAUGUACUUACCACAUGCAUCAUCCCAUUUUCCAUAUGGCUGGCCUAGGCAACUGUGCUGUUGACAUCCUAACACCUCAUGAGAACAGGCCAGCAAAUGUUUACGCCCAUUUAUAUGUAGCGGCAUGGAAUGCUUACAUGAAUAAUGGCCUUGCCAUUAUAUAUAUUCAAGUUAGUAUUUUGCUUAACUACAUUGUCCACUGUUUCAAAAUCAGAAUCACAUGGGCACAGCUCUGCAGACCACCCACUUUCUUGGGGUGCUCCAUACUUCAGGUGGACGAAGUCCAAAUUGUUUUAUUGCAAUUCUAAACUGUAAUUUCAUUUGGGACAUUUGUGAUGGCUCCAGAAACAGUGGUCCUUGUUCAUGGCUAUUCAAUUUCCCCACCCCCUAAAAUUCUGAAAUACCAUGCAGCGUAGAGUACUCCUCUUCCCUCCUUCCUUGGGAACUAAAUAGGGCUUGCACUUUUACUCUUAGGCCCCCAAGAAACUUUUUAGUGUGUGUAAGUGGGGGGGGGGAAGGAUGCCACCCAUGUUAAUUAGCAUUAGUAAAAACUCCUCCUCUGGGUGUGCCUCCUGAUUGGAAUCAGGGAAGCACUGAGCAAAGAGUCCCCCAGGGACACACGGAGAAACUUCAGAAAAUGAAGUUUUGUGCCUGCUUUGGCAGUAACUGAUUGAUCUAAUCAUGCCUGUGGCAAAGACAUGGUAUAAUUAUCUGCCCUUAGCAGAAACUGAUCAGAAGGAGGUUGGAGGAAGUUAGUGUAGUCAGUCCGGUAGAGGCACAGCAUGUCUGGAUGGGUACUCUUCACAGCACAUUACAGCGUGUUUAGCAGAUUGGCUUGGAUUUUCCAAACAUUUCAGAAUUGAUUCAUCCAUUCAUCAUGAGCCAGGUGCAUGGGGUGGGGGGGGGACAGCCAUCCAGAAGCAGAUAAGCUGUGUGACUUACUCUGUUUAUCAAAGUUUAUCAAACUGAGUGCAAAAAUGUAGGUACAUUUGAGUGCUAGUGUGAAUGUGUGUUUGCACAUCCUCACGGGAUGCUCUUUUGAAUGCUGGGGUUAACUCGGUUUUCUUCGUGCACCAUGGAAGUAGUGAAACUAGGCAAUAGAAAACGUGCAUCAAAGAACAGACAGACUGGCAGAGCAGUCAUUACACAUGCCUACUCAGAAGUUAUUGUAUUCAGUUAAGUGAGUGUGUUUUGGAAUCGCAGCCUAAAUAUGAGAAGAGUGCUGCUGAUCGCUAUGGAUAUAUCCCUUUCAUUUGAAGCAAGAACAUUAGUGAAUAAUCAUUCCCACCCACGGCAAACUAUUUUGCGUGGCUACAAAAUUUGCACGUGUGAAAUUGUGAAGUGAUGCCCAUCCCAUCCCCAUAAGAAACAUUUGGUAAAAAAAGGAGGGACAAAUUUAGUUGAAUUGAAUGGAAUGUUUUGUUUGUUAUUAUUAUUACUACUGCUACUACUAUUUUUAUUUCCCACUGGAUAAUUUUUCAGUGAUGGUUGGGAACACAGGUUAGGGCUAUUGUUCUUGCUAUUAGCCCUACAUCUGAUAGAAUUUGCUGCUCUACAACAUACUCCUCAGAGCUUGGAGAUCACUGGGAAGGAAAUAUAUUGCUGUUUCAACACUUGCUCUGCCAAUCAACAGAAAAUAAUGGUUUCUAGAGAAACAAUCUUCCUGGCUCUAACCUAUCUUGAUAAAAAAAAAUUAGUCACUUUUGAUUUAUUUAAAUUAAAAAAUAGCUACAGAAAAACAGCCUCCAAUCUUUAUCGGACUGCAGAUCAAAUAAGCUGGAGUAAUUUCUUUUCUUUAGAAAAAGGUAGAGAAAAUGGAUAGGGCUUGGUGUUCUGCUUUUUCAUGCAGUUAUCUAAUUUAUAGACUGUCAGUGUGCUUUUUUGGCCCAAUAAGUUGAAAGUUGCCUUUUUUAAAAAAAAGAAGAAGAAAAUUUAAUGAAAUCACGCCCACUUAAUUGCUGUUCACUUAUUCCUAACUCUUGGAAACAUGAUCCUUUGAUAGGACCUGAUCCAUAGGUACUGCUAGUGUAAAAAGACCCCCACAUUUGCGAUAGGCACCAAGAUCUGAGUGCUAGCAAGAUCCAGUCUGCAUGCAUUAUGUAUUUGGAAGAGCAGGAGAAGGAUUCCAGCCAGCAGCUGGGAAAGAAUAGAAGGGAUGGCCCAGUGCCCUGCUUUAGCAAACUGUCAAGACCAUGGGAGUGCAAGAGGUAGUUGGAGCUAUAAUGCCAACAGUGGUAAGAGUUUGGCUCCUGGGUCACCUGACUCACAAGAUUCUGCUUAAUAUCCCAGCAUGACACACACACCCCUUUCACAGUUCCCAACUCCAACCAGCGCUGAUUUCACAGGACUCAUUGUAUGAGAUUUGUGGCAUUUUGUAAUUUGUAGAUCCAUAGGCGAAAACAUUGCGCUUACGGACAUUAGCCACUUUCAUGCUUCACUAGUGUUGGAUCCUUGUCCAAGUAGAGCAGCUGUUCUGUGUGUAGGGAGAAAGAGCACAUCAAGGAAUCAAUGCCCUCUGUCCAUAGGUUGCUCUGGAAGAAAAUUCUGUAGUGUGCAAGUGUUGGCAUAUGCAAAAGCAAAUGGCUCAGCGGGUGCAUGUGCUCUGUUGUGUCAUCUCAUAGAAGGCAGGCCAUGGGCCCAACUUUGUCAAUACUGCCUACACUGGGGUUUCAGAAAGGAAAUUUCUGGGGUUUCAGACAGGAGAUUACUGUGAUUGAAUCUGGAACCCUUUGCAUAUGAAUUAUGUGCUCUACAACUAAGCUGCAGCCCUUCCUAUGAAAGCUCCCCAGCAGCAAGGGCUUCUUCAUUCAUUUAAAUGAAGGGCCAUUCAUUUCAAUGAAGGAUUUGUGGGCCAUUCAUCCUUUGAAAUGAAUGGGCCACUAUACAGAUGCAAGGGCUGCCCGUGCUUGUUGUAGAGCAUGCAAAGCUCCAGAUAGGGGGGUCACUGUUGUGCUUGAGCCAUCCCUCAUUGCCUUUAUCAAAGAUAGGAUUGCAAAUAUUUUUCGCUGCCACCAUUUCACUUAUUUUCAUUUCAUGGAAAGUCAUAUUAGCACCCUGCAAAAUGUUCCUCACUGUCAAACUUGCUUUGUUUACCUGUUGAAUCAGCGUAGCAUCCCCCCUGCCCCCAGUCAGGUAUAAUAUGGAUUUUGAUUUGCAGCAAUGCUUUUUAUUCACAUUUGUAAUUUAAUCAGUGCUUAUUCUCUGAGUAUCUAGCUCCAAAGAUACCAUAACAUGAGUGGAUUUAUGGGUAGUUCAUUUUAGAAGGGGGAAAACACCCUCUGCCUACUUGCUAGACUAGCCGACAGGCAGUUCCUCUCACAAGUCAAAUUAUACUUUUUCCUCCCAGGAACAUCCAUUUUGUUGUUGUUUGAAUGAAAUUUACAAAGGCAGUAGCGUGGGAAGGGCUGGUAAAAUAUGAUUCAUGGCUGGAAUGAACAUGAGCAUUUAACUGUAUUGUCAAGAUGAGGCUGUUGCCAUUUCCCUUGUUUUAUUGUGAAGCUGGAGAUGGCUUGUGGAUCACACACAUUGUGCAGAAGUGAACUAUGUUUUCCUUUUUUUUCUCCAAAUAGGAAACAAGUUGUAAAGAACACGUUAUCCAAUUAAUAUGUUGAAAUUACUCUUGGAGAGGGAGGGCGGGAAAGAGAAAAAAAAGAGAGAAACUAAUCACAAAUGGAAACUUCAUUUGUCGAUCAAUGGGGAAAAUUGAUUAUCGUGUUGGUACAGCUGCCUUUGCAGCUUUAGAUAAUCGUUGACCCGGCAUAGAAGUUGUAUUCACUUUAGUGGAGGAACCCAGCAAGAUUUUCACCGUGGCAUCGGUGAAAAUGGAUUUGUUACUGGCAUCAGCUGACGUUCAGCUGAUUCAAGCUGGGAUCUUGUAAUCUUUAUGACAAAGAGCUGACCUGGCAGAAGCUUGUGUUUUUCAGCAACGGAUGCCACCUGGCGCUAAUCAAAUGCCAAGGUCUAAAGUUGCAGAAAUGUUUGAAGUCCUGCAGCAGCAGCAAAGGAGAAAAAGAGACGCGUCACGAUGCUAAAGACACUUGUGUUGCCUGCUUAGCAGUGGAAAGAUUUUGGUGGGACUUGAGUUUUCUCCUGCUUUCUCACGUGUCUCUGCUGCUGAUAAUAUGAAGAACAAAACUUGUUGUAUAUGCUGAUAUGUAUGUUAUGUACAUUUUCACAGUGAUUGAAUCAUUGUAAACAGGGAGAAAUGGGGUGGGGUGGGGGAAAUAAUCACCAUGCUGUCUAUUUUAUGAAGAUGAUAAAGCAGCUUUAUUAAAUUAUUACAACUCUGUUUGAAAAGAAUGGUGUACCUGCCACAUUGUUUUUUUUCUUUCUUAAAAAAACCUGAUGCAAACUGUUUUCCCCACUUUGAUGUGAUUUUUAUUUCUCUGCUUCAAGAAUCUAAUGCAUUUUAGUAUUAAAGGCAAUUAUUGAAUAAAAAUGGAAAAUAAGUGUUUGGUUAAA